UCUUUGUAUUUCAACAACCAAAACUGCCAUUCCCAUUGUGCGAUUCAUUUGCUGUGGUUCACUGUAAUCCGGGGUUCUUAUUUUCUCUUCAUGUUCGAACGAAGAAAAAGAACCUGAAGCGUCUACGUAAAAUUCGAGAACGUCGAAGUUUGACAAACAUGACAAGUGAUUCCAACAGAUCUUUCAAGUUCGGAUCUGGUUUAACGUCCAGUACCACGCCUGUCAAGAACGUUAUAAGGCAGGUCGAAAUACGCAUUGAUCAGGUACAACCAAGUCUGUUCUGCGUUUAUUGUGAAUGGAAUGUACCGAAAUAUCAAGCAACGCCACCUGAAAAACCUUUGACAAACGAUGCAAUUUUCGGUGACAAAAAUGCCAACUUGAAAAACCCAUCGCAACUAGGAAACAAUGACGGGAAUUCUGGCACUAUUAAAGCGACGCUUUCGAAUCAGACCAUCACCUCUUCAGGUUUUGGAACAUCAUCGUUUGUUAAGCCUCAGCAGCAACAGCCCCAACCUUUGUCUGUUUUCGGGACACCAAGUUCGAGCAUGAACGUUGACACGAUGACCGCGGGACUAGCACAAACUAUUAAGUCUUCUCUCAGUUCUGGAAUGCCGAUCCAAACACCAACCUCAACACCAGCAGUCAUUAACUUUGGGGCUUCAGAAUGCAAAUUGCCUCAACAACAGCAGACUGCCCAUCUUGAUGAAAAGCCUCAAACGAAAAGCUUCGGGACUACAUUUGCAUCUGCCACCAGCGAACCUUCCAAUAUUCGCGGUUUCCAAAUUCCAGUUCCCCAAUUAAACACUUCAUUGGCAUCCUCAAACAAUAUCUCCGAUAAACCAGACGCCAAAGAAACCGAAUACGUAGCUGAUUUCACGAUAAACCAGCAGGCAUACACGUUGAAAGCAUCUUUCGCCAAGUCUACCCGCAUCACUACUGGUUCAAUCGAGCUGAAGCAAGUAAAAAUGAAGUCUAGGCUAGCCACCGAAUUCGACGUGGAAAGCGACGGCAAGUCGAUUCCCGGCAAUAGAAUACUUGAAAAGGGUAGCGUUCAAUUGCCGUCCGCCGUUUGGGUACACCUCAAUCGAAGCAAAAAGAAACAUCACAAUCUGAGGUUUUCGAAUUCGGAUCGUCGUUGGGUGUCAGAAGAUUUUAUUGGAAUCUUUGAAGGUUUCAGAAGCUCUGAAUCCGGUAUUGGCCUUUGGAAAUCGCUGGCUUGCUCAAUCUACGUCCAGUUUGAAAUUAUCAAUGCAGGAGAAACAAAGGCUCUGAAGCAGUUCACCAACUUGUAUGUUGAGCAAAUUUACUGCGAUGUGCAAUUUUCUCUUAGAGGAGAACAGAAGAUUGGGGGCCACCGAAGUAUGUUGGCGGCCAGAAGUCCGGUGUUUGCCGCAAUGUUUCGGAACGGCAUGAAAGAGGAAACCACUGGCCAAGUUAAGAUUGAAGAUUGCGAACCAGACGUUUUCAAGCAGCUUCUUCACUACAUCUAUUCGGGAAAGACUUCAACGCCGUUAACUGAUACGAUGGUUCAAUCGUUGUUUGUGGUGGCUGACAAAUACGACAUUCAAGAUCUGAAACAGAAGUGUGUCACUUUUCUGCUGACCUGCCUCACGAUGGAUAAUGUCGUCAGUCUAUUGGUUUGGUCGCAUCUUCACUUUGUUGAAAGAUUAAAAAAAGUCGCGCUCACCUACAUGGCACGUAAUGGCAAACGAAUUUGUCUUUUAAAGGAUUGGGAGGAACUGGCCAAAAACUAUCCAGACCUCUGCGUUUUGGCAUUUCGAUGUAUGAUGAGGUGCACAGUCCACCGAGUACAAGAGAAAUACAAAGAAGAAUAACCAACUGUA